AUGAUUGUGAGCUGUUGGAAUAUAAGUGGGUUGAGGGGGGACGGAAAAUUGAGCAUGGUGAAAUCUUUGAAGAAAAAAUAUAACUUGAACAUGUUAGGACUGCUUGAAACAAAAAGAGAAGUGCUUACUAAAUAUGAUAUUGCAAGGUUGUGGGGAAGUAUUACUGCUAGUUGGGAGUUUGUGGAGUCUGUAGGGACAGCUAGGGGUCUGUUAUUGGUUUGGAAUGAUGGAGUGUUUAAAGUACAUAAUAGCUAUAAAGGUGAGCGGUGGCUGUGCGUUGAAGGAGUGUUAACAAGGACCAACUUCCUUUAUGCUUUUUGUUUGGUGUACGGGGCGCAUGGGAGGGAGGCGAAGAGGGGGGUAUGGGACGAACUGAGUUAUGUGGCGGGUUUGUGUCGGGUUCCUUUUUGCUUUUUAGGGGACUUUAAUGAAAAUUUACAAGUUGAGGAUCGCAAAGGAGUGACUAGAUUGCCGGCAUCAUCGGAAGAGUUUAAGAGCUGGGUGCAUGACAUGCAGUUGAUGGAUUUGCCUCUUACUGAUAAGAAGUAUACAUGGUUUCGGGGUCGAUCUUGUAGUUGGAUUGAUAGAGUUCUGGUCAAUAUUGAAUGGACUGAGAAGUUUCUAGAUAUUCGGCUAAAAGGUGACCCGAGGGGUUUGUCCGAUCACUGCUCGUUGAUAUUGGAAGGUACAAGAUUAGGAGGGGGCCCUAGACCAUUUAGAAGCCUGGAUUCCUGGUUUACGCAUGAGGGAUUUCUGAGAAUGGCGAAGAAUGAACGGAGAAGCUUGGGAGAAGCACAGUUCACGUGUAAACUGAGGGCAUUAACAGUACCACUGCGGCAAUGGCACAACGAUAACUUCAGGGACAUGGAUAAGAGACUUAUGCGGUUUGAGGAGGAGAUCACAAGGCUGGACAAUUUAGUUAGUGAUGGGAUCUAUGAUGGUACAACGGAGGCUAGAAGGAAGGUGCUGGUGAGCUUUUGUGAAAAAUGGUACAUUAGGAAGGAAAUCCACUGGAAACAGAUGUCUCGGUCCAAGCAUGCUGCCAACAUGGAUAAGAAUACCAGAUACUUUCAUAACAUUGCCUCGGCCAGAAGACGGAAUAACAGGAUCGAUGCCCUGAUGAUACAUGGAAGACUUGUGCGAAAUCAGGUGAGAAUAAAAUGUGCAAUUAGAGGGUUCUACAAGGAUUUAUAUCGACAGGAAUAUGUCCCGAGGAUUGGAGUCAGGGAUGGUUUGGUGAAGCAUAUCCAUAGAGAUGAGGCUGAAGCUCUGGAAGUGAUGCCGUCGGAGGAGGAAAUCAAGGAGGCAGUGUGGGACUGCGAAUCUUCCAAGGCCCCAAGAAGUGAUGGGUACAACAUGAACUUCAUAAAGAAAUGCUGGAAGGAUAUUGGGCCAGAAUUCAUUGCAGCGGUGCUGGGGUUCUUUCAAAGUGCUAAGUUGCCGACGGAUGUGAAUGUAACGUGGGUGAUACUAGCCCCAAAGUUUGAAGGUGCAAAGGAGGUAAAGGAUUUCAGGCUGAUUAGUAUGGUGUGGUGCGUGUAUAAAGUAUUUUUGAAGGUGUUGGUGAGAAGGAUGCGAUCUGUUAUGCCGAGGUUGGUCGGAGAGACUCAGACUGCAUUUGUAAAGGGUAGGAAAAUUCAUGAUGACGCACUCAUAGCCUGCGGACGGUUCAUUGGCUAA